AUCAGCUGAGGGCAUGUUCAUUGCCAUAACAACGUGAGCUAAUCAACAAGUACAACAUGUUCGAAUACUAUGAGAGCGGCACACGGGACUGGGUCUUAUUUAUUUAUUUAUUUAGAUCGAAUUUUGAUCGUGCAAAGUCAUCACGGAGGGACUUGGUGUCAGUGGACCGAUGAUCCACACAUGAACCAAAACCUCCUGAAUCUGUAGGGUACAGACCACCUCUGGAGUUUAUUAAGAAAGUGUUCAGAUCUAAGGAAGGAUUCCGAAGAGACUUCCCUUCUAUACAUCUGCUAAAAUGGCUGAAGAAAUCCCUCCUCCUCUCAAACAUUUCCUGACCUGCAGCGUGUGCACUGAGAUCGUCAAGGACCCGGUGUCUCUGGGCUGUCACCACAGCUUCUGUUCCAGCUGUCUCCAGGACUUCUGGGCCCAAGCUAAGAACAAGAACUGUCCCGUCUGUAAGAGGAAAUCCUCAAAGGAUAUAGUUGGGGUUAACUUUUCCAUCAAGGAGCUCGCUGACUCCUUCGCUGGAAGACAGAGGUCUGCCCCCUCAGAAGAGGCCCAGGUGGUCUGCACUGAAACCUCCAAGAGGUCUGGCCCCUCUGGUGAGGCCCAGGGGGUCUGCACUGAGCGCUUAAAGGAUAUCAAGAGGUUCUGUAAGGAGGAGCAGAGAGAUGUGUGUGAGUUCCCUCACCACCAGGGUCACACAGUGGUUCCUCUAGAAGAACAAGUCCAGGAGCUGAAGCAGCAGCUGACUGAUGACCUCACGGCUCUACAGGCCAGAAGGAGGAGACACCAGGAGCUGGACAAGACGUAUGAGGCCAUGGUUCCUCACCUCAAGGUACAGCGGGUGAAGACCGAGAGGCGGAUCAGAGCAGAGUUUGAACAGCUUCACCGGUUCCUGAGAGAGGAAGAGGAGGCCAGAGUGAAGGCCCUGGGAGAGGAAGAGGAGCAGAAGAGGAAGAGGAUCCUCCUGGAGAGGAAGACCCUUCAGGAGCAGAUCGAGUCUCUCUCAGAGGGUCUCUCGGCUGUAGAAGCAGACCUGCAGAAGGACGGCCUGUCGUUCCUCAGCGCUUCCACGCGCUGCCGGACCAGCGCCAGAGCCCUGCUCUCCGGUUCUGAUCCCCAGCUGCUUCCUGGAGCGCUGCUGGACGAGGCCAAACACCUGGGAAACCUGGCCCACAGAGUCUGGGAGAAGAUGGGGCAGAGGACCACCUUCAGCCCCGUUAUUCUGGACCCAAACACUGCAGCAGACUGCCUCUCUCUGUCUGAUGAUCUGACCAGCGUGAGACGUAGUGAUGUAAACCACAAGGCUCCUAACAACCCAGAGAGGUUCACUUGGUACAGUAAUGUUCUGGAUUCUGAGGGCUUCAGCUCAGGGGAACACUGCUGGGAGGUGGAGGUGGGAGACCAUCUUCACUGGCUAAUAGGUGUUGCUAAAGAGUCAGUGGACAGGAGAGGAGAGUAUACUGCUUCACCAGAUAAUGGAAUCUGGUGUUUAUUCUAUACCAGUGAAAAGUACACUCAGGGUACUGGUGAAACCCUGACAUUGAAGAGGACUCCAGAGAGGAUCAGAGUCCAGCUGGACUAUGAUGGAGGGGAGGUGUCCUUCUACGACCCUGAAGACAUGACUCUCAUCUACACCUAUCAACACACUUUCACUGACAACAUCUUCCCUUAUUUUAGUCUUGGAGCAGCAGGUGAAGCCCGGACCAAAGCUGUUAGAGUGUGUGGUGUCUCCUCACGCACUAAGCCAUGUAAAUGAAUGUAACCUUGUCAGUUCAGUUUGCCUGCUAGAGUCUCUGGUAUGUAGAAACACGGUAUAUAUAUAUAUAUAUAUAUAUAAUCGGGUAAUAAUGAAAUAGUAGAACAAAGAAACAAAUCAACAGGUAUAUUACAACAAAAUAAUACGAGUCCACCUUGUGGUCAAUGUAUGGAAUGACACAUAUAGUCCACAGAGCAAGAAAACACUGCCUGCA